CUCUCAACCAUCACUCAUCACUCGCGGAGCGCACGUUAGCUCUCACCCAAAACAUCCCCAAACGAAGGCGCACGUUAACUAUCACCACCGUACGCCUCCAUUUUAUCCAACUGCAGCUACCUGCACCCUCAAUCUACCUCUCCCUCUCUCUCAACCGUCCGAUGGACUCGAUCUUCGACGCGAUCAACGUCCGAGAUCUCCUCUCGGCGCACGACCUCUCCGAUCCAACAACGCCGCUCUCCGCACCGGAUCUCCGCCUCCUCAUCCAGCGACUAGAAUCGCAUUCCCUUCAGAUCCGAUCCAAGGUCCAAUCCUACAUCCUCUCCCACCGCGACAACUUCGAGUCACUCUUUUCUCUCGCCAAUGACGCCGUUUCCCAGUCCCAGCUUCUCUCCGACGACAUCGCCGGAGUCCUCAAGCUCAUCUCCGACCAGAUGAUCGAUGCCGAGGUGCGCGAGGUUGUGGCGGAGAUUAGGGAGAAGAGGGAGGAGCUGAGGGUGAAGAGGGAGCUGUUAGGGUUGGUGAGGACGAUUCUUGCGACGAAUGAGAUGUUGGAGAGUGUUAGGGAAGCGUUAAGGAAUGGACGGUUUGGCUUCGCUGCUGAAGGGUUGAAGGAGCUGAAGGUGGCACUUAGGGUUAGUGGAAAUGUUGGUAAUGGUAAUGGUGGUGUUGAGGAUGGAGAGCCAUUGGUGUAUGGAUUUUUGCGGAAGGAAUGGUUUCAGUGCUUUGAUGAGAUUCAAGAGGUCCUUUUGAAGUUAAUGGAAAAGUCUGUGCGAUUUGAUGGGGACUUGAAUCAAGUUGAAGUUAGAUAUCACUUACAAGUUGAGAAUCUGACUGGGGUUCAGCUACAAACAGUUCUGGAGGCAAUGGAUGCAGUUGGUAUUCUAGAGUAUGGGCUUGCUAAAGUUGCUGAUUUGAUGAUCAAGCAUGUUAUGAAUCCAUUUGUAAAACAUGGGCAACCUCUUUCAUUUAUAGAGGAACUGAAUCCUGAAUCAGCUGUACUGAAGCUAGUUCCAUCUCCAGAUAAUAAGCAUGAAGAUGUUGCUGGGGAGUUGCUUUAUUCAGGGAUUUUGCUGUUUAUCAAAUUCAUUUACAGGAGCAUUUGCUUCCAGAAUGAUUCUUGGAUCCGGUGUUUUGGAAGGUCAACAUGGCCAAGGAUAGCAGAGCUGAUAAUAUCCAGCUUUCUUUCAAAGGUUGUACCAACAGAUGCAUCAAAACUUCCCGACUUUCAGAAAAUCGUCAAAUGUACAAUUGAAUUUGAAUCUGCUUUAAAAGACCUUAAGUUCAUCUCCGCAUCAGAUGACAAUGAUAGCAGACUGAGCAAGUUUGCUGAUGAUGUUGAGGUUCACUUUGCACACAAGAAAAAGACCGAGAUCAUGUCAAAGGCUAGAAAUCUGCUCCUAGAGUGUGACUUUUCCAUACCUCAAGAGUAUACAAGGAAGGGUUCUAUUGGGAAGAAUGAUGGAGCUUCUAUGCAAUCAUCCAGCCAUGUGGUUGAUUUGCUUUUCUUGUCAGAAAGGUGUUUAGUAUCCAAAGCAGCCAAACAAUUGAUGGAGCUAGUUCAUCAGACUCUGCAGGAUGUUUGUCUGUCAUCUACAAGAGUUGCAUUGGAAUUUUAUCGUGCAGCUAGAGAUGCUAUACUCCUCUAUGAGGUUGUUGUCCCUGUCAAGCUAGAGAGGCAGCUAGAUGGCAUCAAUCAAGUAGCUGUUCUGAUGCAUAAUGACUGUCUUUAUCUUUCACAAGAGAUACUUGGUCUUGCAUUUGAGUAUCGAACAGACUUUCCAAGCUCCUUGAAAGAGCAUGCUGUCUUUGUUGAUUUGGCUCCAAGGUUUCAGCUUUUGGCAGAAGGAAUACUGCAGAGACAAGUUCAUCGUGUUAUUUACAACUUGAAGGAGGCCAUAGAUGGUGCUGAUGGAUUUCAAAAUACCCAUCAGAUGAAAGAAUUUGAGUCAGCUAAAUUCAGCAUAGAGCAGGUUGUGUUCAUCCUGGAGAAAGUGCGUAUCAUAUGGGAGCCACUCUUGCUUCCUUCAACUUACCGGAAAAGCAUGAGUACAGUCAUAGAGUCGGUUUUCUCAAGAAUUGCAAGAGAUAUACUCCUCUUAGAUGACAUGGCAGCAGAUGAGACUUUACAGCUACAAAGACUAAUCCAGUUAAUGCUGGAAAGCCUAUCACCUUUAUUCAACUCCCUGGCCACCAUGGAUCAGAAAUCGCACGAGUUCUCUGGAGAAUCUCUUGAUAACCUUAUACCAUCUUUAAGUAAAAUCCGCAAACUAUCAGAAUUGUUAGAUAUGCCUUUAAAAUCCAUUACAGCAUCUUGGGAGAAUAAAGAACUGAUCUCUUGUGGCUUUACAAUAACUGAGGUGGAAGAUUUCAUCAAAGCCAUAUUUACAGACUCACCUUUAAGAAGAGAUUGUUUAUGGAAGAUACACAAUGCUAACUUUUAGAAUUCAUCCUGAUUCCCACAAAAUUCAGAACCAAAUAGAAACAAUAAUAGACAGGAUUAAAAGAUUAGAAUUCCAGAGAUGCUCCCUCCAAAUUUCAAGACUGGAGAGUGCAUUAGAAUUAGGAAGCACAAGGUACUUGGUUGUGUAGGUUUUUGCAUGUAAUGUUUAUAGAUGUAGGUACAUAAACUUUCAUGGUUGAAAUUUUGGAGAUAGCGAAUUCUAGUGUAACCAGUUUCAAUAUCUAUAUCAAAGGGUUUGGCAUUA